CGAGAACGUCGGAUCAUAUCGGCUAGGGCACGCGAAGUCCCACCCCAUUUCACCGCCGCGAGACGGAGAAGCCGCUCAGUUCCGCCGGUGUGAGGACAUCUCAGCUGCCUUCAUAUCAGCCAGGGCUACUCGCUCUCCACCAGAUCGACGCAUCCUACCCGUCUCGGAGAUAGCACUUCACUCAGCUGUUAGCUUUGAGAAAUUCAAGAGGUGUUGUUUUGUUUCUGCUUCAGUGAACUUAACAAAGGUGAAAAAGAUCUCGCCUUUUGGUUUUCUUGCAUUGUAGCUCCAAUAUGUUUGCUCCGCUCGGUGAGAAUGCAUUGGUAAUUUCAGGCCAUAGGCCAGGAACAGAAUGGGCAACUGUUCCACAUGGUUCUUUUCAAGGUCAAGGCCCGGGUUCUGGUGGAAAACAACGCACUUCGAGUCUGGAGUCACCAAUAAUGCUGCUCACAGGUCACCAAAGUGCAAUAUAUACCAUGAAGUUUAACCCAGCAGGAACAGUAGUAGCAUCUGGCUCCCAUGACAGAGAUAUAUUCUUGUGGUAUGUUCAUGGAGACUGCAAAAAUUUCAUGGUCUUCAGAGGGCAUAAGAAUGCUAUUUUAGACCUCCAAUGGACCACUGAUGGAACUCAGAUAAUCUCAGCUAGCCCUGACAAGACUCUGAGGGCGUGGGAUGUUGAAACUGGCAAACAGAUCAAGAAAAUGGCCGAGCAUUCAUCAUUUGUUAACUCAUGUUGUCCCUCACGAAGAGGUCCACCUCUCGUUGUCAGUGGUUCAGAUGAUGGAACAGCCAAACUCUGGGAUUUGCGGCAAAGAGGUGCAAUCCAGACAUUUCCGGACAAGUACCAGAUUACUGCAGUAAGUUUCUCUGAUGCAGCAGAUAAGAUCUUUACUGGAGGAUUGGACAAUGAUGUGAAAGUGUGGGAUCUUCGUCGAAAUGAGGUAAUAAUGAUGCUACAAGGUCAUGGAGACAUGAUAACAGGUAUGCAGCUAAGUCCUGACGGUUCUUACCUCUUGACAAAUGGCAUGGAUUCCACUCUUCGAGUUUGGGAUAUGCGUCCCUAUGCUCCUCAAAACCGUUGCAUUAAGAUAUUUACUGGGCACCAACACAACUUUGAGAAGAAUUUGCUCAAGUGUGCCUGGUCACCGGAUGGGAGCAAGGUUACUGCAGGGAGUGCAGAUAGGAUGGUCUAUAUCUGGGACACUACAUCCCGUCGGAUUCUGUACAAACUCCCUGGGCAUAAUGGUUCUGUGAAUGAGACUGCAUUCCAUCCAACUGAACCUAUCAUCGGCUCCUGUGGAAGUGACAAGCAAAUCUACCUUGGAGAGCUUUGAACUAGUAUGGACCAAUUUUCUCAUCUUGGCUUGUUAGCUAAUGUCUGUCAUGGUCGAGCUUGGAAGAUAUUUGCAAAUUAUGCGACUGACUUUCUAAUCAUGAUAUCUAUCUAAGUCGGUUGGAAAUUAUUUCUACAUGACCGUUAGCUAAUCUGGUCAUUGAUGAAGUUUCAACUUGUCAUUUGUAUUGUUAUCCUAUUGUAGUUCUAGAAUGUCUUUUAUCUCUUCCUCUGGAAAA